GUCCCGAUCUUUCUCUUCCUUUAUCAAAAUUUUCCUCUUUUUCUGGAGUGUUCUUCUCCCCAAGGUUCGGGUCUAACAUUCUCAAAUUAUUUGCGCAUGUAACCUCUUUGCUGGCUGAUCUGUGCGCAGGAGAAAGAGUUGGAGAGGGGAGGGCGGACCGGGAUGGAGGGGGGAGGCGCGGCGGAGGAGGAGGCCAGGGCCGUGGAGGAGCUCCGGCAGGCGUUGGCCGCGCGCGAUCUGCUGCCGCCCAAGUUUGAUGACAAACACACUAUGAGGAGAUUUCUAAAGGCAAGGGGAUUUGAUAUUGACAAGACAAUAGACAUGUGGUCGGAAAUGCUAAAAUGGAGAAAAGAAUUUGGUGCAGAUUCUAUCCUGACAGAUUUUGUAUUUGAUGAACUAGAAGAUGUUCUUCUUUAUUAUCCACAUGGCUUCCAUGGAGUGGAUAGAGAUGGUAGACCUAUUUACAUUGAGAUACUUGGGAAGGUCGACCCAAAUAAGCUCUUGAAUGUGACAACAGUGGAGAGAUUCUUAAAAUAUCAUGUUCAAUCACUUGAGAGGCUCUUUGCUGAGAAGUAUCCAGCAUGUUCUGUAGCAUCAAAGAAGCAUGUUGAUACCAUAACAACAAUACUUGAUGUGAAAGGAGUGAACUGGAUGAAAGUCAGCAAAUUGGCCCGUGAGGUUGUACUUCAUAUAAACAAAAUAGAUGGAGACAAUUAUCCUGAGAUUUUGCAUAGGAUGUUCAUUGUUAAUGCUGGCAGUGGUUUUAGAUUAUUGUGGGGUGCUUUGAGAGGUUUAAUUGAUCCAAAUACAGCUGAAAAGAUAGAGGUAUUGGGAGAAACAUACCGAUGCAGACUGCUUGAACAAAUUGAUAAGAGUCAACUGCCGGAUUUUCUUGGUGGCUCCUGCUCUUGCUCGUGUGAGGGAGGCUGUCUUAGGUCGAACAAAGGACCCUGGAAUCAGAUGAUGACUUCAGAUAACCUUUCAGAAGCAGCACCAAUGGAAACUGGACAUCUCUCCAGUGAGAAUUUGGUUUGUCAGGACAUGGAGCCAGAUGUGCAAAUGAAGUUGGAGAACUCCCAGUCAUCUGGUUCAUCCAGCAUUCCACUCAAGAUGCUAUCCUCCCCUAAUACCCCUGUCACUAGGAAGGAAAAUGUGGUCACUCCAAGGCUAAUUACAGUCAGUUCAACAGUGACAUGUUUUCAGUUGUGUCAUUCUGUUUGGUAUCACCGAUUGCUGAAGUUGCUUGUAGAUGUGAUUAAAGUUAUCUUCGUAUUUCUAUGGAGGCUCCUUUCACUGGCUCCACUGUUCUCUGCUCUAAGGAGGGUAGCCUCUCACUGCAUUAAAACAAGUUCCACAGGUGAACAUGUACAUAUGCCAGGCAUGAAGUCAAGUGGUCCCAUUGACAAAGAUUGCACGGCCCCAUGCUUAGAGAGACUAAAAAGGCUAGAGCACAUGGUCAUGGAGCUGAACCAGCGAUCUCCAAGAAUUCCUCCAGAAAAGGAAGACCUGAUAGAGGAGUCAAUGAGGCGGAUUAGAUCCAUUGAGUGUGAUAUAAAGAAGACUCAACGCGCAUUGAAUAGGACAUCGUUGAAGCAAUUAAAGUUGGAACAGAGAGUGGAAAAUUGGAAAGACUCCAUGUUAUCAAACUCAUGUCGGUUCAGUUACUGCAAGGCCAUUUAACUGGAAAACCUCCAUUUCCUACAUCAGAGAACUAACGGUUUGUUGCACGGUAAAAUUGUGCAUACAUAAAAAUUAUAGUGUGACGUAGGAUUUAAGGUAUAGGCUACAGCUGUACAUAAUGCAUACAUGUGAUGUUACUACUUACCAACAUCACAAAUCCUUUGACCACUAUUCAUUCGAUCGCCAUGGACGAGAGAUAAAUGUAAAAGGUUGGUUGUGGGGUUUCCUUUUUUCUUUAUAUCCAAACUGUUUGUAUCACAACAGCCAUCAGAAUAUCAGAUUGGAUGUUUCACGUAUAGCAUGCAUGCCCAUGCUGUAAGUAAAAUCUACACUUCAAACUA